GUUGGCCGUUACUCUUACUCCUAACCUUCAAUACAACUCAAAACUUAGAUCAGAGAUCCUUCAACGAACGUGUGCUUGCACGACGUCAACCGCAUCCGGACGCACGUACAAAGAAAGCAACGUAUCACUAGAAUAGAGCGAUGAACAAAUCAGAAUGGGAAAUCGUUCCUGGGCGAAGUGUCGGACCCUUUUCUCUGGGAGAGACUUUGAACGAUGUAUUGGAGAAGUUGCAGCAGCUUUCUGCGAACGCAGAAAUCAUGUACUACCAGCACGACGAGGUGGAUGACGACGGCGGCGACCGAGACAAGCAAGACUUUCCCGACGAGGAUCAGGAGUUCGGCUCUGCGGCGGAGGAAGUUGUGGAAAAUACUGCCGAUGCUGGUGGUAAAUUUGCAAAAAAUGCAGAGGCGCUCGUUCUUGCGGACAGCCAAGCAGAAGAGACGAGCACAACAGAGGCGGAGGGAGGCGUCGCGGUGGUGUCUGCGCUGGAAGAGAGCGUGAGCGAACCGAAAGAAGAAGAGGCUGGCACGACUACAACAAGCAAAGACGCAGUUACUGCUCAGCACAUUUCAUCGUCGUCGAGUAGUGGAACAGAGCCCCUGGUGAUGAUUAUCCGGCUGAAUGAGCUCGGUGUGCAGCUGUGCUUCGAUGCCUACCGACAACAGCUCCUUUGCAUCAUAGUCUGGUUGAAGGUACAAGAGGACAGGGGAGUGAAUAAAAACGGCGAAAGUACGAAAGCAGAUACCCUUGUUCACAGCGGUAUAGAUGAAACCACCGACGAAACGCCCACUUCAACGGUCGAGACAACUCCCAUUUUCGCGGGUUUUGGCGCGGGCGAGGCCGAGGGCGGGGAGUGGCUACCCGCGAAAAGCCGCAAGAAAAAAAGCACACGGAAGAAGAAAGCGGAAGCCGUGCCGGCUAUCAACGACUCCUCAACUACCUCGAACAGUUCUUCCGGCGCGACGCAACAGGAAGACGACAACUCCCCUGCCUUCGGCCGGGAGGAGGGUCCGAGUUUUGGGUCCGCGCACGAUCACGAGGGCGACGAAGGUCCGGCAGCUUUCUCGGGCGGGGGUCUUGCAUCACCGGCAGCAGCAGGGGACGUGCUAUCCUCAAAGGGAACUAGUAACGUUGCAGGGCGGAGAUUGCAGAAGCCAGCAGUCUGCUUCUCGUACAACCACGAGCCGUUUUUUUCGCUGGGCACCGAUCUGGUAACAAAAGGACGAAUUCAGGAACUUUUCGGAUGUGGUUGGGAGUUGUCAUCCGGCGUCCCGGGCAGGAGCAGUGCGGUUUUCCGACCUACAUCGAAGACAUUAGGAAGUGCGGCCUCCGACCUCUUAAGUCGCGCGCUGACCACAGUGGGAAGGCAGGCGGAAAAGGAGCACGAGGAAGUUCUCCGAUUUCCUGAGGGAUUGGCAGUGCACAUCGAAGGAGCCCGGGAUGGUGGUGGUGCAUCGUCUCCCUUGUCUCGAACUCUACAAGAUCAAGAUCCUGCUGUAAAAGACGAAAUCAGAGGGGAGGCGGACAUCGCCUCGCGCUUGUGGGUGUUGCCGGGCCAUCAACAAAUGGCACCAGAGGCCGAAGAUCUUGCGCAGGACACAAACAAAGUACUGCAGCUGGAGCCGCUGCCCCCAAGACCGAAGGCCAUCGCGCGUCUUCGCAUAGGGGUGCAGAUACAGCAGCCUGCCAGGGUACUCUCUCAUGCAUCGUUUUUCAAAGGACCACGAUGGAUCACUACUAUCUAUGUUUUGGGGUCUUCUGGUCGUGCAGAUAUUUUCCUAGCUGCCUCUGCUGUGGCCCCUCGGUAUUCUUGUAGAAGAAGUGAAUUGAGGGCCAUUAAGGCGUCUAGCCUAUGUCCUUGCCUUUUCAUGUUCUUCGGGUGGCCAGCUUGAAGAUGCUGAUCGUAACGUCGUUCUUCAAAAAAUGAAAGGUGAGUGUGAUCCGGCUCGGUGCCACGUGCCAGGACGUGUUGAGCGAACUCGGUUGCCCGGAUGACGUCGACGAAGACGAGGCCGGGCACCACUUCUACGCGUACCAGUACCACCAGCGUGGUGUGGACGCGAUUUUCUGCAGUAAGAGCCACUGGGUUACGCAAAUUCGGCUGCACACCAACCUACCGGAGCAUCCGCUGUUUGGCAAGUAUGAACGGUGUUUUUUCGAGUUGGAUGGCAGCGGGUUUCUCGGUCGCCCCUGUACCAUCGAUCCCAGCUGGAAGAUGCGCGACGUGCUUGCGAAGAACGCGAAAGGGUCCUGCAUGCGGAGAAUACCACAGCCCGCGUUUGCCACGACCACGUAUUACUGGGAAAAGGAGGGCGCGGCGUUCGAAGUGCUCGAUGCCACGGGCGGAAUCGCUAGUGUCACACUGUUCCGCAUUCUGCCCAGGUAGCAGUAGCCGGGAUCUGUACUAUUUCCGAUUUGUGCCUGUUUGAUGCGAUGAAGAGCAUCUGCAUGUCCGUAUGUCACCAGAUGCGUAUUCAACAACAAAAAGACUAAAAUCCAACUAAUUUCUAACGCGCUGUGAAGUCAAUCCUUAU